GGUGUCGUUAGUAAGGCGAUUGCCAUGCCUUUGACUCGGAUCUUCCGCUCACAAAUCAGAGGGCUCACCCCAUCAUUGCACAAAUUCCAGUACAUUGCUUCUUCGUUGGACACGCGCACACUGUUAUCAAGGAAUAUGUCGUCAGACAAAUCGAAACCGGACUCGGAAUGGCGCACCAUCCUUUCCCCCGAACAGUUCAGGGUGCUCCGUAGAAAAGGUACAGAGGCACAAGGUUCAGGGAUAUACGAUAAGCACAAAGCAGAUGGUGUUUAUGCAUGUGCUGCUUGCGAGACACCCCUAUACAAGAGCACGACCAAGUUCAGUAGUGGAUGUGGUUGGCCCGCAUUCUUUGAUGCCAUUCCUGGGGCUGUGAAUAGACACGAGGAUAAUAGUCUCUUCUUCAUGGCCCGAACCGAGAUCACCUGUGCUGCUUGUGGAGGACACCUUGGCCAUGUUUUCAAGGGCGAGGGAUUCGAUACCCCCACUGACGAACGUCAUUGUGUCAAUUCAAUAUCACUUAGUUUCUCAGAUUCUGGAGGUGACAAACAUUGAGCAACCAAGGAUGCAGCUUAAUCAUGUAUGCACACACGUAUAGUUUGCUAUAUGGUAGCCUGUUCUGCAUUGCUAGCUUGUAUCCUUACGACACUCAUGAAUCAACGCAAUCAUUGUGGCGCUGAGACAGAA